CCUCGGCUACCAAACCACGCGCUGAGUACGGACGAGUACGCAUAUGCUGUGAUUCAGCGACCUCUCAUAUUUCUUCUUGCAAGCAUUCUGGUUUAGCGAAGCUACCAUCUCCGAGGUGCGGGGGCCGUGACCAUGGCGAACAGGAUAUCAACAUAUACGAUGACAUCAAGGGACGGCGACAGUCAAAAUGGCGAGCCAAAGAGGAAUUUAUGGACGUCCAUGCUAGAAUCAGUUGCCAGCGGCAAGCGAUUACCAGAAAAGAACCUUUUAGUCAUGGGAGGCACUCCGGAAUCGCAGCGAGAGUUCUUGGAGUCUCUGUCCGGAUCCGAGCCGAAGCGCAACUUUGACCGACAAAAGAUUCCGCCGAUUGCGAACAAUUAUGCUUUGGGUUAUACGUACUAUGAUGUUCUCGACGCAGAUCAGGAUGAUACACUUGCUCGAGUUUCUCUCUACCUUCUUUCGCAGCCGUCGGGCGAAUUCGCUUCGCUCGUUGCCCCCUUGCUCACGCCCGAAACGAUACCAAAUACUGCGCUGGUAAUACUGCUGGAUUGGUCGCAACCGCAUCUGUGGCUUCGUCAAAUCUGGACCUGGCUGCAAGUAUUCCAAGAGGUCUUGGAACACCUGAGUAGAGAUGUGCAGACCGAAAUGGAAGAUGUCAUGAACGCAUGGAAAGAGAGGGGCAGAGGAAGCUCUUCGGUCAACCUGGACGGUACUCCCUCCGCCACCGUCGCAAACGGCGACAGCGAUGGCUCACUACCGCUUGGUCCGGGCGAGUGGACUGAGCCUCUUGGCUUGCCCUUAUGCGUUGUGUGUCAGAAUUCACAAAAGAUUGAUUUUCUAGAAAAGAGCAAGGGGUGGAAGGAACCGGACUUUGACGCAGUGCUACAGAAUCUACGAACAGUCUUAUUGCGACAUGGUGCUUCUCUCAUUUACACUUCACAGAGCACGACCUCUCAGCUGCCUAUUCUUAUCCACUCCACCCUCGGCAUUACAUCUCUCCUAAAGCGACAGCCCCUGAAACACAAUGUAAUUGACCGAGAUAAGAUUGUCGUCCCGCCGAACUGGGACUCAUGGGGCAAGAUUAGAGUUCUUGGCGGCUCAUUUGAUACAGAAAAGGUAUCUCAAUACUGGUCUGAGGAUAUCAAGCUACCUCUUGGGGCCGCUCCCCCAAGCAUGGCAUUCCCUGAUCCCGAAGACGACGACGAGAACGGUUCAAACCAGCUCCCUCAAAUCGAGAGCGCCAUUGCCCUCUACGAAGAGUGGUGCAGAGAUCCGAAUAGUGGAGGACUCGCCGUCGUAGAGAGCGCAAUGAACGACGGCUCAGAAAUAGCGAUUGAAAGCGAGGAUACGCAGGAAUUCCUUGAACGGCAACUAAAGAUUUUGGAUGCGUACAAGUCAAAGGCACCCGAAAAGGCUACGGAUAGCCCUCUCUCCAGCUCAACGAGGAAACUAGAGUUCAAUGACGAGAAGACUGUGAAUGAGCAUAUCGGUCCGGUGCAAUUCAACAUGGGUGGUAUUCAGGUCGAUGCUGACGAUAUGCUGCAACGCCUUAAGGACCGCAACGCACACAUCGCAACUGACUCUCCUUCAGCUGAACCAGAAGCUGCCGUUGGCAACAUAGCCAAGGAUUUCGACAACGAGCAGCUUCACGAUUUCUUUUCGGGGUUGAUGAACAGGACAGCCGGGGAUCGGUCAUGACGGAGAUUCUUCAAACUUUUUUGCUCCCUCCAGUUUGGUUUAGUUUUUUAAUGAUCAUCUUCAAAGCUUUGGCGGGUUAAAAAGAAAUCAUCUUUUCUUGUCUUGUUUUUUUCUGAUUAAGCGGCAAGUUCCACGAGCGAGCAUUUGGACACGAGCACACACACAUACACGUAACAAAAAAGAUGGAGGGCAAUUGUCUUUUUCUGUAUGUAGAUUCAACUCUCAUGAUGAUGAAUUUUAUUAGGAGGGGGGAAUGGAAAGUUGGGCUUUGGAAAAACAAGAGAAAUGAUUUGGUCAAAGGGAGGAAGGGUAUUAGGUAGGUAGGUAAUAAGGUAGGUUGGGCGUGGUGGGGAAGAGGCAUACAUACAAUUUCGUAGAAUAGAUACCCUUGACGAUGAGGAACAACAAAAGAACUUUUUCAA